AUGAAUGCCAUAAGUUCCGGGGAGAACGUGAACAACGCCAUAUUCUCACUUUCACAGAGCGACUGGUACGUAGAGAAAGGGAUACAAACCCUAGCUGAUGUAGCUCUCAUCUCUAUAUCUAAAGAAGGAAGAAUUCUGAUGCACUAUUUGGUUCGCUUAAUGUCCAUCAGAAUAGUGAAGGUUUAG